AUGUGUUCUGUGCCAUGUGGGGAAGGGAGGGUACCCAGGGAUACAAGCAGGAUUUCCUGGACCCAGGACACUGUAUGUGGAUUGGGCCCCCUGCAUUGCCCCCACUCCACACUGCAGACAAUCUGUUGACAAGAACUGCUGCAUAUGCAUAUAUUAACCUAGCGUAUGUUUCAUAGCCCUGAGAGUGACAGCAAAAUACCCACAGAAGACAAACAAAACAUUUGCCAACCAUGACAAAUAAAAACAAGCAAACAUAUUACUCUAUAGUUAGGUGCAGUUUCACAACUGUCUCUUGCAGUGCCAGUGCAGGCUCCUUGGAGGCAGGAUCUGUCACCUCCUCUGCAACUCCCCCAAGGCUGCCUCUUGGUGAAUAGGAGGCAAUGCUGGUCUCCUCCCACCUUUGUUCCUAAGAUAGAUCUUUACCCCCCCCCCCAUUAUUCCUGAUGUAGCUCUUCAUUCACCACUUCUUCGCUGGAAGAGGGCAUUUUGUGGUUCACCUCAGGUGCCAAAAUGUCUUGGGUCAGCCCUGUACUCGCCUACAGUGCCUCCAUCUUGCCAGGAUUCAAGCUCAGCUUGCUUUUCCUCAUCCAUUUCACCAUCAGGUCCAGCGAUUGCAAUGCGCAGCCCCUCCUGAUUCAGAUGUUUUGUUUUGUCUUAAAUAAUUUUUAUUAUCCUGAUUCAGAUGUUGUUGCAGAUAAAUAGAGCUGUCAUCAGCAGACUGAUGCCACCUUGCCCUGAAACUCCUAAUGACCAUACCCAGCAGCUUCAUGUAGAUAUUAAUUGGCACUGGAGAAAAUAUAGUCCCACACGGCACCUCAUAGUGUAGCCACCAGGGGCCCUUGAAGAUUUUACCUUUAAUGUGGCCAUCUUUUGCACACAUUUAUGGGUGAGCUCUACUGAACACAGCAGGACUUACUUCCAAGUGACCAUACAUUGGCUUGGGGCCUUGGGCUGUAUCUGGUGUCCAGAGCCAAAAGCUUCCACACACCAGCUAGCACUUUUAGCUUCCUAGUAGUCAAAAAAGAUUUGUCAUUCUGAGAAAUGGUCGCACUCUAAAUCUGUUUCCUUUUGUUGAUUAACUUUCCAGGCGUUGAGUAGGGGGGGGGCAUUUCCCCGUUUGUUAUGCUCACGGGCCAUGUUUCAUUUCAAUGAAUAAUGAUCUAAUUUGGAGGCCACGCUCCUCUGGGCAGGACACGAGGCUCCUUCUGCAAGAGCCGUGUGCGUCUUAGCAGAGGGGAAGGAAAAGAUGCUCCACCAAGGGCUUUUAUCUGGAGACUGGCUUCUGCAACAGCUGAAAGCCAAGUGUGUAUUUCGGGGGGGGGGGCUGCCUGUGUCUGCUUUGAGAAGGACCGAGGGAAGCAGCCCCCUUUUUUGUCUCUCUCCCUCCUGCCGCUUUGCAAGGAAGUGACCGAGAGGAGCGUCAGCGAAGGAGCCUGUUUUCCUUUUGCGAAGGGACCCACCCCGAGGGCGGAGCCUGCCUUCCUUCCCCUCGCCGCUCGUGUCCCGCCUUUGCUCUCGCCCCGCGCCGAUGCCGAGGGCUGCCUUGCGCCAGGUACGUGUCCCGGCAACUCUUCUUCGCAGCUUCUUUCUGGGGAAGGGGGCGGGGGGGGGCAGCCCUGGUCAUCUCUGAGCGCAGAAGCUUCUCCAGUGAAUGCAAGUCGCUUUGCUCAGGCGAUGCAGAAACUGUCUCUUGCUUAGGUCUCAGGAGGGAGAGGUUUGGGUGCUUUGGAGCCGGCCGUUUCCGUGGAAGAGCUCGCUCGCAUUAGUGGGAUUUUCCUCCUCUUCUCCCGCGUCCCCCCCACCCCAAACACUCCGUAUCUCCAUUCAUUGUGUGGAGCGGGGGGGCCGAGCAGCUGGAGGCAGCGAGCAUCUUCCUGCUCCGUGCAGCAUGCUCCGCUCCAGCUUCCCUUCUGCCCCGUUUCCAUGGAAACACCAGACCAUCGUCACCAUAUAGACUUCAGAAUGACACCCGGCAAGGUCCCUUGUGUGUUUCUGAUGGGUGUGUUUGUGUCUGGGUUGGACACGCGUUGGUUGCCUUCUCACGUUCGGCGAGGAGGUAGGUGGGGGAGGGAACAGGGUUGCCCAGGAAACCAGACAUUUGUGACAUUCUAUGGACGGCCGCUUUGCUGAAGUUGCUUUGCCAUCCACCAACGGGAGGUGGUGGUUGCCUAAAAUAAUGAGCUUUGGCUGAUGAAAUGCAACAGGGUGCUCAAGGAGACGCAGCCUGUCUCUCCCCAGAUCGUUGCUUCCACAUUUUACAGCCAAGGGAGGAAAUGGCUGGUGGGAAUUGCUGCUCAACUGUGUGUCAAGUUGUGCCUGAAUGAAGGGGCUUUCCUUGCCACUGUCAAGAAUGUUUGCUAGUGCUGCUUAAGACCAGAGUUGGAGAACCUGCGGCUGCCCAAAUUUUGUUGCACUCCCGACUCUACUCAGCCCCAGACCCCCGGCCCCUGAUCAGACAUGAUGGGAGUUGCAGUCCCUUGACAACUGCUGGACCACUAACCCUCUCCCAGAGUUAGACUAAGGUGAUGACACAGCUGUUGGAGCAGAUGUUUAGGUUCAUUGGGCACUGCAGUUCUACAGAAUAAUAUUUGCUUCUGACAUGUACAAACAAGGAGAGAAGGAUACUCUCUCUUGUAAGUAGCUUUAUUUCUAAGAGUGUGAGUUACUGCUGCUGCUGCUGCUAUUUGUUGCUUGGAUCUGCUUAUACCUCCAUAAGACCCUAGUUUGUCACUGAAAGGUUUUGAUCUCGAAAACGCUUGGAAGCCCCCCGUCAUCCUUCCCCCUUUUUGUAUUGACCCAUCGGUGCAAAUGUGUGAAAGAUUCCAACUGUGGCAAGGAUAAAAUUACGUUUUAUGGACAUUUAUAAACUGAUCUUACUGUGUGUGGGGUUUUUUUAAAAAAAUCAUUAGGUGUUUUUAUACUUCAUCAUUUUUUGUAAAAUGUAACAAAAGUGGCAAAGCUACUUAUUUAUUGUUGUGUGAGCAUUUAUGGAAGAGAAUCUUCACCUGUCACCUAAAGUGGAUAGUGCAGGGGUUGGCUGUUCUUUGGGUCAGAGUUGUGUGUGAUGGACAUUAAAUCUGACAUUAAAAUACCUGAAAGCGGUCAUGCCACACCUCCAUCACUUAACAACUAUUAAAAAUCGGCAGUUAGACAUCCACAGGCUUUUCCUGUGAGGUUUGCCAAAACUUCAUCUUCUCAAUGGGAUGUAAGGUGUUAUUAUGGAUAUAUAAAUGCAACUUUUAGUAGUCUGCUAUUAAAACUGGUCUGCUUAAGUAGUUUGCUAUUUAUUUAAAAAGUGUCUAUUUUUACUUUUUUUUCUUUACAAGUUGAACAUUUUUUUGAAUCUAUGGUCUUAUGACAGGUGUUAGCUUUUGUCCCGAACAUCGUCGUCAUUAUUUAAAUGGAGAUUACAUAUGAAAAUAGUGAAGUUUAUUGAGUGGGCUUGUGAUAGUUUAUUGGUGUGUGCUGUUUGCUAUAGUUCCAACUGUAUGUGAAAGUUGUAAAGUACACAUUUAUUUAGAGAAAUAUUGUGGCAGCUCCCUUCUUACUUUCUAUUCUAGACAGAAUCUAUUUGAAACAUUCAGCUUGAGCAAGAGCUGAGGUUAGUUAAUUCCCAGGAAAUUUGUUGGCCUAAGCGACUUCAAGUUUUCUGAUAUAUAAGCCUGACAGGUAUUUUGUUCUUUAUUGCUUCUGAUGAUUUUGGAUCAGGCUGACUUCAAUGUUUAUAGAGAUGCAGCACACUUUGUCAAUGCCGUCUUCUGAGCCUUUUCCAUUAAAAAAAAACAGGGAACAUGUCCUCUAGGUGGAAUAGUAGAUGUGGACUUAUUUAUUUUUAAAAGUUGUAUUUCUUUCACUUCUUAUCAGAUGAAGACUAACCAUAUAUAAUACUAAAACUUUAUACUGUGUGUGUGUAUUCACACACACACACACACACACACACACCAAGCUAUACACAGCCAACAACAGCCCUCACCCCCCCACCCCCAAUAUAGCAUUGAACAAAUUGCCAUUCAUCAGAGCAUGCAUGACAGGUGCUUUUAAAUUGCUUCCUAUUUUAGCUGUCCUUAUACAGAAAGCUCUUUGUCCAAUAUAUAUGGCAAGCUUAAUGCAUACAAUCUUCUUCUUGCCCAGGGUUCCAUAAAUCCACUUGCAAGCAGCAAGCACCCCUGAUUCUGCCCUACAAGUCCAACAUAAAGAUUGCUUUUCUGAGGGGCUACUGCAUGGUGUGAGGCAGCAGCAAGGCGUUGCUGGCAGUGUUCAAAAUUAGCCAGGCGCCAGGCACAUUUUGCACCUGGCUAUCAGCCGCUUGUGACCAAGUGAAGAUGCCUAGCACCACCUGGACUCCUGCGUCCAGUUCUGGGUGCCACAAUUUAAGAAGGAUUUUGAGAAGCUGGAACAUGUGCAGAGGAGGGCAACUAGGAUGAUCAAGGGUCUAGAAGCCAAGCCUUAUGAGGAAUGAUUGAGGGAGUUGGGUUUAUUUAGCCUGGAAAAGAGGAGCUAUGAUACCCAUCCUCAAAUAUCUCAAGGGUGUCACAUGGAAGAUGGAGCAAUCUUGUUUUCUCCUGCUCUGGAUGGUAGGAACCAAGCCAGUGGAUUCAAGUUACAAGAAAGGAGAUUCUGACUAAACAUCAGGAAGAGUUUUCUGAUGGUAAGAGCUGUUUGACAGUGGAACAGACUCCCUCAGAAGGUGGUGGACUCUCCUUCCUUGGAGGUUUUUAAGCAGAGGUUGGAGGGCCAUCUGCAGUGGAUGCUUUAGUUGAGAUUCCUGCUAUGCAGGGGGUUGAUGACCCUCAGGAUCCCUUCCAACUUUACAAUUAUAUGAUUCUGUGAUUAAGAUAUUAUGGUGAAAUAGAACUGAGUGUCAUCAGCAUACUGAUAGCAAUAUGCUAUCAUUACGAAACUCCCGAAUGAUCAUUCCGUUCCCAACAAUUUCAUGUAGAUAUUAAAUAGCACUGGAGAUAAGAGAGUCCCCUUCAGCACCCCAUUGUGUAGCUACCAGGAGGCUCAAAGGCAAUGCUAUUCUCUGGACUUGGUCCUAAAGGCAGGAUUGGAACGGGUGUAAUACAGUCAGUGCUGGUCCCAAGGCUAACUACUUGCAUGCGUGCCAACACACACACACACACACAGAGAGACAGACAGACAGACAGAUGUUUUGUAUAAAAAAUGAAAACCACAAAACUUGAAACUAAAUUUAUUUUAAUUUGCAAGUAAUACAACAAGCAUUUACCUGUGGGUGGUGUAUAUUAACAAAGGCCACAAAGAUUUUGUUUGACAAAGUUUACUAAGAAGAUAAAAUAGGUGAUACUUGGGAAACAGGGUUUUACCCUCAUAAGUAAGUUUUAAUAAAUCUUAUUGUAACAUUCUGGGUUUGUCUCUCUAGAAAUAUCUUUUAAGAGCUAUAACCUUCUGCUGGUGAUAUCUGUCAAGAAGCAUCAUGUCUUUCUGUCGGGCACGGCAGCAGAGGGGAAGGAAAGGAAGAAGCACAUGGUGUUCACAGGAUUGACCUUGAAAGUGAAAUGAAGAGCUAGCAUUGGAAAUAAAGCAAUAGGUAGUGUUGUGCAGCUCUUAUAGAAAGUAAACAUGAUCCCCUUGUGGGUGUUCAGAUGGGGGGGGGACACAAACUCCUUUAACACUUACUGUUUGGAAAUGGCAACAUUUCUAUGUUCAAGUUUCUGAAGUGGAGUUUUAAUGGGAGAAGGGUAGAAAUAGAUCAUAUUUUAAACUAUUUCAUAUAUUUCCUACCCAAGGUUUUAGAGUCUGCAGAGGUAACCAAUUUAAAGUGCUUUUUCAAGUUGUUCCUUUUUGGUCUUGUCAGUGCCGUGUCAUUGGCAGCUAAGAGCAAAUGUUCUGAAAAUGUUUGUCUGUUUUAUCAAGAUGUAUGUAGUGACCUCUUAACAGGGUCUGCAUCCAUUAAGGGUGUUAGUAACAUGUAUCUCUCUCUCUUUCUCUCUCUCUCUCUCUCUCUCUCUGUGUGUGUGUGUGUGUGUGUCUGAAAAAUGUCACAUUUUCUUUUCUUUUUUUAAUAAGCAAAGUUUUAAAAUGUAGCUUUAUAUAGCUGCUUUCUGCACUUCCCAUAUUUCCCUCCAUCUGUAAAAAAAAACCCCUGCUAUAAUCUGGAAUGUGUGUUGGACCCUAAGAUAUAAUCAAGAUCAAAGGAUCAAAGAAGGGUAUGACCCAGUGACCAUAGACUACCCCAUAACUAGUGCUACAUUUCAGAGAUGGUCCCAAUAUUGCUAUGUAUCAUCUAAUGUUAAUUUUGUGAGAUUUGCUUUUUGUGAGGGUGACAUUAAAUCUGUUGUUGCUCUUGGGUAGAAAAGAGUUGGAUUCAUCACAGUAACACGAGUUUAACCUUUUUAAAAACAAACGUUUUCUCAUCUUUUUUGCAGUUAACUUUCCGAAUUGUUUGGCUUGCUUUCUGAAGGCUUUGCAUUGCCGCCUUAAAUCAUGGACAUCGCUGGGUUUCUGAAGUCUCAAUUCAUUUGCCACCUCCUUAUCAGUUAUGUAUUUAUAGUGUCGGGACUGAUAAUCAACUUCAUUCAACUCUUCACAUUAAUCCUCUGGCCGUUCAACAAGCAACUUUUCAGGAAGGUCAAUUGCAAGCUGGCUUAUUGCAUUUCAAGCCGUAAGACAUUUUUAUACCUUUUAUUUCUGUUGUGUUGUGGGAGGGUGAAUUUUAAAUGCGUAAAGCAUUUCAUGUUGCUUUUGCUAGAUGUGUGUUGCAUAUGUUUCAUCCUACUUUGGGGGGGGGCAAGAAGAAUCUCCUAGUUGUUCCUAAAUAAAUAACAUGAUUGUGGCACACACAAAAGCCAUGUAGAAGUGUCUUCCAAGUUUAGCAACGGUGCCAAGUUUUACUGUGAUUAUGAAGAUAGUGAUGAAUAACUUCUACAAAUCACAGGAUGAAUUUCUUUGGAUACCACAAAGGCUAAUACAGCUGCAUUUGUUACAGCCAUAUAAAAUAUCACAAAGUACUGAGCAAUUACAUUAUCAUUGCUUUUGGGUUUCCCUCGGACAAACAUAGCUUGUGUUUUUUUGUCUCUAAUGGUUAGGCUGCAGAUAGUUGAGCUUCUUUUCUUCCCACACUCUGCUCUCCUCAAUUUCCUAAGUAUAUAUUAUUGAGCAGCCUCCCCUUUCUACUCAUGGAAACCUUUGUUAUUGGCAGAUGGUUCCAACUGGAUACAUCUCUACAGAUUUGCACAAUGAGGGCUUUUCAGUCUAGGUUUCAAACACAAUUGGAUUAGAAAAAUGAAACUGUUCUGCAUUAGUGUUGUUGAAUUCCAAGUUCUAAGGAUUUUCUGCCAUUCUGUUUUUGGCUUCCAAAUGUCCCAGAACGACUCUAAGCAACAAAGCGUCCAUGCAGAGUGUCUGUGAGUGGCAUGUACUAUUCACACGAGUUACAAUCACAUACCACUGUGCAGUUCAAAAAUUUCCUUUUUGUAAAAAACAACAACAACAACCACCUUCAACAACCUAGUUAGGAGAUAGGUUAUGAGCUGCCAGCAAGGCUAAAUUUCUAACAAACUCUAUCUUCUGUGAUAGCUUUAAUGAAGCAAAGUAAGAGCUUGUCACAAGGUAUGUCCUGCUCAUGGAAACAACAAAAGUGGUUUGAAGCCAUUUUAUCACAAGGAGGAGCUGGUGGGAACCACGGGACACACACAACUGCCUCACAGUCUCUUAACCCUGGUUAAAUGGCAGCCUACAUUCUAGUUGCAUGUCUUGAAUUGGCUGCUUUCAAAAAUGCCCCGUUCCACCCCCCACCCCCCGCUCCCAAAGAAACCUUGAACUCAAGGGAAUCUUCCUCUAUCUGAAACAGUCUCUCUCUAGAGAGACAGACAAGAACCGAAGUCUGUGAAUAAACUCAAUAGCGGGUAACGGGCUCCCUGGUGGCCACUUUCAGAGGAGUGAUUUUUCUCCCCCACAGCCUGCUUUGAUGACAGGUGUGCUUGCCUUUCUAAGAGAACCAAAGGGAUAGUGUGGGGGGGGGGGCACGGGUGUUAGUUGUCUUGGUUCCUAAUUUUCUUUCUGAAUAAAUAAAGACGAUGCCAAUAGCUAUUCUUGUGUGCUUCAAAGGGAUGUUAUUAAAUCUCUGGAUCAAAUUACACUGUACAAAUUAUGACAUUUGGAUAGAUGCGAUGAAAUCAUUCUCCAGUGAAUGGCAAAGCUCCUUGGUCUUAACCAGGGGCUGAGUGGAGAGUUUAGAAUACUUGCCCUUGGAGGAGGAAAAAAUAGAAAAGGGAGUGGCAGUGAAAAGAAUAAUUUUUGCAACAGGUUUUUUGAAACUCCAGUAGAAUAAUGGUUAAACAAAUAGUUAAGUUGACCAAUAAAAAGGGAAUAGUCUUUAGCAGAUGUGAAAUAUCAAAAAUAUCUCUCACAAUAAUGUAACAUAUGGCUGUUUAAAUACUGAUGGCAGAGUAUUAGCGGGGUUAGAAUAUGCUGAAUGAAGUUUUUGUAUACGAAGCUUGAAAUGGAGAUUCUGUUAUGUGUGGUAAGUCGGGGACUGGUGCUAUUUAACCUAUUCAUAGGUAAUUUAUAGUCUGUGGGUAAGCAAUAAGGAAUCAAAGUCUGUAGUUGAAACAUGUUAUGUGGAAAGUAAAAUCCAAAGCAAAUAAAUACUGAAGAACCCAAGAAAGUUCUCUCCUCAAGCUUAGAUCCAGAAAAUGGCAAGGGAAAUGUAAAGUGGUGCAAGGACUAUUUUUUCUAUGCUGUUUCUAUGUUUUCUAGACUGUCUAGAAAAUAUUUUUCCAGUGUGCGCUUGCUGAGAGACACACAGUGACACCACUUCAUGUGUCUGGCAUUUGAGAAGCAGGAUCGUUAGAGGCUUGGGGCAGUCUUAAUAUAUCUCUCCAUUUAACAGAGUACAUUAAAGAGGUGAGGGCUGUGAGGGCUGGAGAAGCUGAGUGUACUUUUAACAUCUUUCUGUGAGAGUGAGUUAGUGUGUGAGCCUACUUGGGGCAUAGUGCAAAUUGUCAGAGGUUUUUCAAGUAUGUACAGCUUUUGGAACAACUUAAUAAAAGGGUACAGCACCUACUUUUCUUGUGACUAGGCAUUUUUGUCAUUUUUGUUAUCCCCCAAAUUCUCUUGUCUUGAACACAUUCCUAAAAUAACAAAGGUGUUUUUGCCACCUUAAACAGUGGCAUAAGGUUUAGUGGACUGUUGUCCAUGAGAACAUGAGCCAUAAUAAAACCUGUUCAUCUUUAAGGCAUCAUAAGUCCAGGGCAUAAAAAGAAAAAAAAGCUACCCCUCUGGGAAAUGAGAUUCCUGCCACUGUCCUAGUCCUUCAGUGUCCUCUGGUGAUUUUUCUUGUGAAGUAAAUGUACAGUGCAUAGCAAGAAGGAAACUGGCCAGUAGAACAAUGGGAAGAUAUUCUUUCUGAAUUCCUAGUGUGUGGGGGAAAGCAAGUCAGGAGAAAUCCUAUGCUUGCUACUCAAGCUACCCAACCAGGGAUAGAGAAGAGAACUGCUGCUACAAGAAUAUGAAUCUAAAAAUUAAAAAGGAGGUGGUAGCAGGCAGGCAGGCAGGCAGGCAGGCAGGCAGGAGAGUAGGUUUGCAAGAGUAGAGUGAGUGGGAGUCCCUGUGUUUGGGCCCCCCUCAGACCUGAUAUUUAUUUAUUAAUUAAAUUUAUAUACUGCCCUUCAUCUGAGAAUCACAGGGUGGUUUACAGUAUACCCCUAGAUAUGAUUUAGCCUAUUUGAAUUUUCAUGUUCUUUGGGGAUCUGUCAUUAGGCUAGCCAGCGUACUCACUGGAGCUGUUCAAGAACUCAAAUUGUAGAAUGAUUUUCUGAAGAGUGGGAUGAAACCAUGGCUGAAUGCUAAUUCUUACAAAAACUUCUCUGUGUCUGUCUGUUAAUCCAGAUGAUUGCACUGGAUAUCUGCUUGAAAACGAAUGUGAGAUCAUUCUUCUGAGCCUGCACAAACUCACUGGUCAGAUUUCCACACCCCGCACUAGAAUGAGGCGGUGUCUGCCAUGAUGUAGUGUGGCACCAACAACCAGAAUUAGCAGCAAGCGGCAUAGAUUUGCACUUGUUACAGGCUUUGCUGCCUUUCCACACUGGGUAUUCUGAAACAUCUGGUUUUCUGUUUCAGUGGCUAAUUUUCUUUCCCACCCUAUCCAUCCGCUCCUCUCAACUGGAAAAUUUUAUAUCACAUUUUUAAAACAUAAUUCUUCCAUUUUGAUUUAGAAAUUGAAGAAAUAAGAUAAUAAUAAUAAGUACUAAAAAUGGAACUCCAGUGCAUUGUUGAUGGUGUUUAAUUGCCGACCCCUGGCACUCAGUUUGUGAGUGCAUAUCAGAUUUCCUUAUUGUCCAUUGUAACAGUGCCUGUAAUGUUAAUAGAGAAGAAAAAGACAUUGUUGCACAAAUGAGAGGAUUGUCUUUCGCUUGCCAAGUAUUUAUUUAGAGUUAUUUUCCCAUCUGACCUCUUCUACACACACCUUAGUUGAAAAAUGUUUUAGUCUUUCCAAAUUAUCUAUGUUUUAUUUUUGGCAUUAGGUAGACUACUUUUUCAUUUGAGCUUAUAUUUGUAUAUUGGCAUGGUUAAAACUAAAUAUUAGAUUUGGAAGCCUUUAGGGAUUGAGUGGACUUAAUCUCUGACUGAAGUUCGCUAGGUGUGGGCAUUUAAAACACUGUGACAUUCUGCUUGCUUUCCUUCUGCCUCCUUUUCAGUAGCCUUUGGAUAUAUAUUUAGUGCAAAAUAAAAAGGUAAGUGUUUAAAAUGGGGUUUGACCUACUGCAUAAGGAGUCAGGAGGAUCUAAUAAGCCCCUAGUUUAAAUAGGAUUGGGAAAUAAAGAAACAUAAAGGGAAAAAACCAAUUCUUAAUUAGCUCAGCAAGGCUCCUGCUUGCCUUCUGGUGGCUUAUCUUGAUUACAUGACUGCAUGGGGGCUACCCUAAACCCAGGGGUAGGCAACCUAAGGCCCGGGGGCCAGAUCCGGCCCAAUUGCCUUCUAAAUCCGGCCCGCGGAUGGUCCAGGAAUCAGCAUGUUUUUACAUGAGUAGAAUGUGUCCUUUUAUUUAAAAUGCAUCUCUAGGUUAUUUGUGGGGCCUGCCUGGUGUUUUUACAUGAGUAGAAUGUGUGAUUUUAUUUAAAAUGUAUCUCUGGGUUAUUUGUGGGGCAUAGGAAUUCGUUCAUUCCCCCCCCAAAAAAAAUAUAGUCCGACCCCCCACAUAGUCUGAGGGAUGGUGGACUGGCCCAUGGCCGAAAAAGGUUGCUGAUCCCUGCCCUAAACUAUCAGGGAUGCGGGUGGCGCUGUGGCCUAAACCACUGAACCUCUGAGGCUUGCUGAUCAGAAGGUCGUGGUUUGAAUCCCCACAACGGGGUGAGCUCCUGUUGCUCUGUCCCAGCUCCUGCCAACCUAGCAGAUAGAAAGCAUGUCAGUGUAAGUAGAUAAAUAGGUACCGCUGCGGCGGGAAGAUAAAUGGUGUUUCCAUGCACUCUGGUUUCCAUUGCUGUGUUCCGUUGCACCAGAAGCGGUUUAGUCCUGCUGGCCACAUGACCUGGACAGCUGUCUGUGGACAAAUUCCGGCUCCCUCGGCCUGAAAGUGAGAUGAGCACCGCAACCCCAUAGUCGCCUUUGACUGGACUUCAGGGUUCCUUUACCUUACCCUAAACUAUCAAACUGGGGGGAAUUGCUGUGAUGAGUGACAAUGCAUCCCAACAUGGUAUCAGCCUCAAUCUUAUGCUGAUGGAAAGGAAGGAGGUGGAUUAGGGUUAAAGGGAGAAAUGUGUGUAAGCACCUGUGCUCUAAGCAAGUAAGAGCAUUGGUGUGUGUAGGGGGAGGAAUUGUGUGUGUGUGUGUUAAUGACUCUGGGCUUAUGAAUCAGAGGAUCAUCUGGUUCAACCCCCUGCAAUGCAGGAAUAUGCAGCGGCCCCUUAAGGGGAUUGAACCCUCAACCUUGAUGUUAUCAGCACCACACAUGCUGUAACCAACUUUGUGAGGUUGCCUGUUUGAUAUAACACUGGAUUGGUGUUCCUUUAUUUUUAGGGAAGUUUUUGAACUUUUCUGUCCCUCUCUCAUUUUGUACCUUUCCUUCUGUUUGACUUUGAAAUCUCUCUCUCUCAAACUCUGUAGCAUCAGGAAUGAGAUUUCCUAAAUGGUAUUUUAUCCCAGUUAUAGUCUUCUGUGUGUGUGUGUGUGUGUGUGUGUGUGUGUGUGUAUUUUGAAAGGAUACUGAAAAUAUGUAGCAUGUAUUCCCCAGAAUACCAUCUGGUUGACUUCUCUGGAAAUAGCUAUUUUCAGAUCAAUUGCUGGGAAGUUGCUAUGUGAAGGUUUUCCAUCUCAGUGUAGCGGUGAUCUCAGGCGAUGUCUGCAGCCAGCCAGAUGAAGCUUUUAAUGAAAAUGGUAGUUUUUCUGAGGAAUGGGAAGGGUGUGCCCAGCAUACAAUUUGGCUUACAUAAAAUGUCUCUCUCCGUAUCAGAACAGGGUAAUAAAAUAUGGAGCUCCAAAGCUUUUAGAAUAUUGGAAGUUAUGUGCAAAUGGGAAUCUCCUUUUUGUGCUCUAAAACACAUUCUAGUACCUGUCAUACUACAUGACAUAAACGGAACAACCAAAAUGGAAAAUUCUUCAGUGUAAAUUUCUUUAUCUAGAUGUAGAGCCAUUCAUGCUGAAGAAACAAGUUAGGCUAGGCAUGACAGCAGUACAUGUUUUGUCUAGAGGUGUUACUUGUGACAUUUGAAGUGGCAGAGCUGGAGAAUAGUAAAACUCAGCCAGUCCUCCCUUAAGGUAGUAAGGAAAGGUUAGCAGAAUGCUUAAAAUAUUUGUCAUUGGAGCAAACAUAUGUCCCAGUUUGUGCAAUCUUCUGAAAAGGUUUAUUUGGCUGUUUUUUAGGAAUUGAAAAAAAAUAGCCUGGCAACUUCCAAGAUCUAUUUUCUAGUUAUGCCACAUUAAUUCUGGCUUAAGGGAUGGGGAAAGGAGGCCAGCUCUUCAAAUGUAUCUAAAUUGUUCAACAUAGCUGAGAUAAUUUAUGUCGGCUAAUUAGGCUGCUGUCCUAGUUUAACUCUGUGAAGUUGUCUCUCUCUCUCUUUCUCUACUUUUCCCUGUGAGUUAUAAUAAUAAUCAUAAUAAUAAUAAUAAUAAUAAUAAUAAUAAUUUUUAUUUAUACCCCGCCCUCCCCAGCCAAGGCCGGGCUCAGAGCGGCUUACAAGCAAUAAUAAAAACAAGUUGAAUAAUUACAACUUAAAAACAAAAUUAAAAUACAACAUUAAAAUAUUACAACAUUAAAAUAAAAUGUUAUAAGACAGUGUUGCUCAUGAACUUGGAGGUAAAACUGCUAUUACAGAAUCAUUUAUUAAUUUCAAUAUAGUGAGUCUUGCUUAAGCUUCCUACUCUUCUGCUGCCAUGCCCUCUGGAACCCUUUUGCCAUAUCCCCCCCCCCCUUGCACUCUGGAGUUUUUGCACCAGGGCUUGUAUGAAUCAGAAUUAGUGUCCAACUGGUGAAAGGGUCAGGCAGUUACUUUCUGGAGUACAAAAGUUAUUUGGGAGCCCUUUCUUCCUCCAUUGACCUUGCACAGUCCAUACUUGUGAGCUGGGCUAUAGAACUGAAAUAAAUAUCCCAUGUUUUUUAUGUGCACAUGCAUGUGUGAGAGAAGUAUUACUUAAAUAUAUGAGUGUUGUGCUUGAAGCUAAAGUGUGUAUCCACAAUAAUCUGACAGGAAAUUGGGCAAUCUGUUAUCUUUCUUUAAAACCUUUACUUGAAGUCGGUGGUAGUAAGCUCCUGGAUUGUGUUGGUUUUGAAGAUGCUCAUCUCCCCCACUCCUCCCCAUGUGUACAGUGAAGGUUUGACUAUAAAUAAUAAGAUUUAAUUAAUGCUCCUUGAAUUUUUAUCCCUUAAAAAAAAACUGACUGCAAAUGAGUGCGUGCUGUUGCAUUUUUCUUGUACUCUUUUCUCAUUCAUGGGCUCAUAGAUAAACUGAAUAAACAACAAUUACUUGGCAAAUAAUUACUCAUCCCUGAAGGCGCUGAUUGAAUACAGCAGGGGAGCAAAAGUUGCAGCGGUAAAAACAUUAUUUGGCUGGUAGUGUGGCUGUAGAAAGCAGGAGAAGGAAGUUGAACACUUUUCUGUGUUUUGGCACAUUCUGGUCAAGGAACAGCAAUGCAUCUGGGCCAAAUACCGCAUGAUUUCAUGUGGCAUAUAGUCUUCCGAGGGUGCCUUCCACAUCACAUUUAAACACAUGUGAUGAGGAUUACUUGGAAGGAGUACAGGGAAUACAACCUUCAUCUUAUUUUCUGCCCUUCAUGAGAAUGAGGCUGAGGGUCUGAAGCGGUGAGCCUCAGUUAACAGUUAAAGACUUUGAGGCAGACAAAUCCAGGGAGAGUUGUUAUAUUUAAUUAAUUAAUUAAUUAAUUAAUUAACCUACAUACCACUCUUCAACAGAAAAUAUCAAGGUGGUUUUAUAAUAAAAUAUUUAUUCUUUUUUUUAAAAAAAAAACAUUCAAAGCAGUGGCAGCUUUUCUUUUCUUUUUUGUGGAUGGUAUACAAAAUGGAAUUUUUGGCUAUGACAGCAUCUUCCCUUGUCCUUGUUCCAUUUUUUGUAACUUCUCUUUCACUGUGUUCAAAAUAUUCACCUCAAUACCUGGAGUGUGGGGGUGAUGCUAGCUUGUAUGACACACAUGCUAAUAAACCAGUAGAAUGCAAGUUUAAAAUGCAACAUGAGGAGCAAAGCCAUCAGGUAAGUAAACAUAUAAAUCUGAAUCCCUUAAUUCUGAGACCUGAAUCAUUCAUGGUACUAAAUUUGUGUCUGUUCAAAUAAAAAGUCUUCUAAACUUUGGCAUAAUGGAGUAUGUGGGAUUCCUGUUUAUGGUACCCACUUUCUUUUGCUCCCCCCUUCUGAAGAAGCUUGAGUACAAAGAGUGCUGUUUACAGAAGGAUAAUUAUGCAAUCAUUUUACUAUUCUGCAGAGUAACACCUGAUUUAAAUGUCAUUUUUUUCAAGUGCACUUGAGAGAACUAUUUUAAGCUUCAGUCAGGCUUGAUAUUCUACGUGGCUUUAAUCCUUAGUAGGGGAAAUGCUUUUUGUUUUGCUUUUUUGCAUUCACGGUUGUUUCAGGCACUAAAAUCAAAUGUUGUUUGAAGUUUCUGUACCCAAGUUCUGAAGAAGGCGAUUCGUGCUGACUCUUGACAGUGUAUAUUUUCAUGUCUGAACACUCUUUUAAUACAUUUUUAAAAUAUGUACCAAAAUAUUAAAUAUCUAUAGUAGGAUGAUGGCAAAUGUCCCUUUCUUGGGAAAGAAGUUUGAGGGAAGUGGUGGGCAACUAGAUCCAAGCACUCUUAGAUGCAGCUAAUUUUUUCUAGAUCUGCUUCUUUUGGUCUGGUUUUGGCAGUGAGGGGAAAAAACCAUUUGUUGCCUAGUGGGAUUCCUUCUAUCAGGAGAAAGAUGUGGGGAAGGUGACCCUUUUGAUCUCUCCUUGAUCUUUUAGUGGUUUCUGAUACAAUUGAUCUUCAUAUCCAUCAGGAACAGUUGUCUGAGGCGGCAGUACUGCAUUGCAAUGGUUCCAUUUAUACCUGGAUGCCUGUCCAAAAAAAUGUGCUGGGGGAUUUUUUAAUUUUUUUUUUUUUGGAUUUGAUAUCCCGCUUUAUCACUCCCCUUCAGGAGUCUCAAAGCGGCUAACAUUCUCCUUUCCUUCCUCCCCCACAACAAACACUCUGUGAGGUGAGUGGGGCUGAGAGACUUCAGAGAAGUGUGACUGGCCCAAGGUCACCCAGCAGCUGCAUGUGGAGGAGCAGGGAAGCGAACCCGGUUCCCCAGAUUAUGAGUCCACUGCUCUUAACCACUACACCACACUUGACCCCAUGGCGUUUGCAUUUUUGGGUUCCAUCUUCAUCCCCCAUGCUUUUUAGCAUUAAAUAAGUAGGCUAGAUCAGCUAGGGACUUGGAGUCUGUUGUCAUCAGUAUGCAAUUGGCACACUGCUCUUCCUGCUUCAUCUCUCCAAACGUUUAGUGUGAAAUGUAAAGGAGAAGGUUUUAGGUGGGUGGGGUUAAUUUUUUUUUUUUUCUUGCUCUGCCAAGUUCUGAAGUUCAACUGAGAUUCUAAUAAGUUGCUAUUCCUGCUUCAUAUAUCCAUUCCCGCCUCCCUUUCUUCUUUCUGGUAUAUAUGUAGGGACGCGGGUGGUGCUGUGGGUUAAACCACUGAGCCUAGUGCUUGCCGAUUAGAAGGUUGGCGGUUUGAAUCCCCGUGAUGGGGUGAGCUCCCUUUGCUCAGUCCCUGCUCCUGCCAACCUAGCAGUUCGAAAGCACGUCAAAGUGCAAGUAGAUAAAUAGGUACCACUCCGGUGGGAAGGUAAACAGUGUUUCCGUGCGCUGCUCUGGUUCGCCAGAAGCGGCUUAGUCAUGCUGGCCACAUGACCUGAAAGCUGUCUGCGGACAAACGCCAGCUCCCUCAGCCAGUAAAGCGAGAUGAGUGCCACAACCCCAGAGUGGUCCGUGACUGGACCUAACAGUCAGGGGUCCUUUUACCUUGUAUGUAUGUAUGUAUGUAUGUGUUUUUUAUAUACUGCCCUAUACCCGGAGGUCUCAGGGCGGUUCACACAACAAAAUCAGAAUAUAAAAUCACAAAAUAUAUAAUAAAAAUUAAAAACAACCCAAUAACCCCCUCCAAAUCACCACAUUUUAAAAGAGCCAUUUUGUUAACCAUUUUGAACUAAGUUCAUCUUGGAGAACCAUAACUGUGGGGUGGGGGACAAAAGCAACAGGCAGGGGAAUGAGUCCCCCCCCUUUAAAUUGUCCCACCUCCACAAAAAGCACAUUUAAAUUAUGUGGUACAACCGUUGUUAGGGAUACAGGUCUAUUUACCCCUUAAAUUUUAUAAUUCACUUAGGAUAAGAAAUACUUUUGUUCUGGGGGAAAAUCAAAGAGUUAGGUUAUUUUAAAAAUAAAUAAAUAAAUUGAGUGGCACUGACAGUAGUACGAUAGCAGUCUUAGCUCAAAAGCUUUUAAGCUGUUCUUGCCUGAAUGCGUGUUUCCCCCCCCCCCUGGGAAUGUAUUGCAACAGAUCAGUUCCUAGUUUCCUUGCUUGUCAGCUGUCUCCCUUCCUGAGAUCUGUCUUCUGUUCCACACUAUUCACAGUAAUAUAAAAGGGUAGGUAAAAAAUAAAAGAACCCCGCAGAAAACUAAAUCCAGGACCUCAGUUGGUAAGAGUGUGACGCUGAAAACACCAGGGUCCUGGGGGGUUGGAUCCCUGUACAGUGGUACCUUGGGUUAAGUACUUAAUUCGUUCUGGAGGUCCGUUCUUAACCUGAAACUGUUCUUAACCUGAAGCACCACUUUAGCUACUGGGGCCUCCUGUUGCUGCCGCACCGCCGGAGCACGAUUUCUGUUCUCAUUCUGAAGCAAAGUUCUUAAUCCGAGGUAAUAUUUCUGGGUUAGCGGAGUCUGUAACCUGAAGCAUCUGUAACCUGAAGUGUAUGUAACCCCAGGUAUCACUGUAUAUUCCUGCAUAUUCCUGCAUUGCAGGGGGUUGAACUACAUGAACCUCUGGGUCCCUUCCAGCUCUACAAUUCUAUGAUUCUAUGACCUAAGUCCUUCGUCCAGUGAUUUUAAAGGGAUAUAAUGAUCUCUAUGUUUCCUACAACCAGGCCCUCUUUGUGUAUAAUUGUAUUUGGUUUGUUGGUGCUUCAGGAUUCUGCUUAGACAAUUAUUAUCCAUUUUCACCAUGGGCUGCUUUGGUAGGAAGGGCAGGAUAUAAAUAUAAGAAAUAAAUAAAUAUGUUCUGAGGAAUCAAGAAUGAAUGCUCUAACAAAACCUCUGGUUAUGUUAUAAAUAUGUAUUUGUUGAUUUGUUUGUUCGUUCCAGAAUUGGUGAUGUUGCUGGAAUGGUGGUCGGGCACAAUUUGUACACUCUACACGGAUCCCCAGAAUUAUGAAAAGUACGGGACAGAGAAUGCCAUAGUAAUCCUUAAUCACAACUUUGAAAUUGACUUUCUCUGUAGCUGGAACUUUUGCGAAAGAUUUGGAGUCUUAGGGGUGAGUCUUGACUAGUAUUUCAACCAAUUGCCCUUUACAGGAACCCUAUGAAGCAAAUUGGAGGUCACUUAGAUUUUGGGUUGUGCCUUUGUGCAUCUUCUUUUUUUAAAUUGGCACUUUUAUAACUUUCCUUUUUAUUGGCUUGGAAGAGUAGAACUAGCUGAAGAAGAGGGUGAGCUCAAUGUUGCAUGGUGGUAUAUCACAGGUUAUGCGGACCUUAUAUAUAUAUAUCAAACCUACCAAUCAGUUGUAUACUGUGGCCAGCUAAGUGCUUGACAAUCCCCUGUUUGAGUAAUCUCAAGCAAGAAACAAAACCAAGAUAUUUAUCCCCUUCUUCAUAAGAUGCUGUACUUGGUUGGUGGACUUGUGAACAAGUUGCAUGUCCCUGCUUUGUAAUAGUAAUGAUUAAUUCAAAGCACAGCGACCAGGGUGUUGUCUGGCUGAGGGCAUUUGGAGCACAUUGCUGCAAUGUUAUUCCAGUGAUUCGCUCUCUCCAAAGGGAUGCAUGAAUGUAUAUAAAAAAGUGUACAGGUGUCUCUUUAAUUAUCCCUCCUCUUGUUACAGAUAUAUUGCCUUUUAUUUAAAUAAACUAUUUUCUUCUGCCUUUUCUUCUGUUUUUCAGAGUUCCAAAGUACUUGCAAAGAAAGAGCUUGCUUCUAUGCCAAUCAUUGGCUGGAUGUGGUACUUCCUUGAGAUAGUUUUCUGCACGCGAAAGUGGGAGGAAGAUCGGAAAAAUGUCGUGCAAGCCCUACUCAAUCUCCGGGAUUAUCCUGAAAACUUCUGGGUAAAACACUUGGCAGUAGAGUAGAAAACAUAUAUUUUCAGGAGGCACAAAAACCAUUAAAAUGUAAUAACUCUGAAUUUGGAACAUAAAUACUCUUUUACCCUUUUUCAGGGAACCCCUUCCACACCAGCUGAUUUGCCAAAGAACUCCAUCAUUUUAGAGGCUUGUGUGGUUGUUUUGUAGGACAAGGGUGGCCAACAGGAGACCUGUAGGCUGUAUCUGGCCUGUACUUUAGCUUUCUCCAGUCCCCUCCACCAUUUUGGACUGGCAAGCUGCCACUAUGCACUUGACAGGCACCAAAUAGGUGAACUCUCAUUUGCAGCUUAGAAUGGUGCUUGUCAGGUGAGCAGCAGUCCUGAUUUUUUAGUUUGUUUUGCUUUUCUUUUUGGCUGGGCAGUGCAGCGCAGUGCAGCGCAGCUGCCCAAGAGAUUUUGCAUAGGAAGUGAUCCUGGAUGGAUCAAAAGGAGCACGAGAGCAUCCUGUCAGAAGGAACAUUUCCCAUAAGGAAAUGGAAACCUGCUUUAGAGACCUCUUCAGUGACACCUUUGUGAAGGAGUGGAACAUGGUUCUCCUGUGCUCUUCUUCAUUUUUGGCUUGAAGUUAGACCCUUAUGUUAGGGACGCGGGUGGCGUUGUGUGUUAAACCACAGAGCCUAGGGCUUGCCGAUCCCGUUGCUCGGUCUCUGCUCCUGCCAACCUUUCAGUUCGAAAGCACGUCAAAGUACAAGUAGAUAAAUAGGUACCGCUCCAGCGGGAAGGUAAACGGCAUUUCCGUGUGCUGCUCUGGUUCUCCAGAAGCAGCUUAGUCCUGCUGGCCACAUGACCCAGAAGCUGUACGCCGGCUCCCUCGGCCAAUAAAGCGAGAUGAGCACCGCAACCCCAGAGUCGGUCACGACUGGACCUAAUGGUCAGGGGUCCCUUUACCUUUAGACCCUCAUGUUAUCCCUGGGAGGUGGGGCCGAUUGCCUGGGGAAGAUCUGUUCCUCCAAAGUUGAAGACAUUAGUCACCCCUCUUUUACACAGUCCACAUGAAGCAUCUUCCAGUUCUCUUUGACCUCACUUGAAGGGAGGGCUGAGCUCUAGAGAUGAAUAGGUGGCAUGUUCUGCUGUGGUCUUGGGGAAGCUCCUUCCUACGAAGCUAGUAUUUGCCUCUGGAAGCAAAUACCCCCAGUGAUACCGAGCUAUUCUGUGGCAAGCUAUUUAAGACAGUUACCAGAUUUGGCAGAUAGUUGGAAAGAGCAUUGUGGUAUGCAUAAGAGCCAUGUGAGUCAUCCGUGCUUCUACACUCAUGCUGCGUAACGCACUUUGCAGCCUGAUGCACCUUUCUUAGUGGCUAGGCUUUCUCCUAAUGCCUUUGGAGACAGCUGCACUUUUGUGAUUUAUCUGAAAUGCUGCAUUAACAUAUUGCAUCAGCAGUAGUAAUUUGAUUUCAUCUGUGUAAACUGUCCACUGGUAUACAACAAAAUGUAAUGAAUUUGUUGCAGGGUUUUGUUGUUAUUUCUUUAGUCGGUUUAUCUUCCUUAUCAAGCUCUUUGGUGGUAUAUAUAUAUGUAUUUCUUUUUCAGUUUCUGAUUCACUGUGAAGGCACCAGGUUCACAGAGCAAAAACACAAAAUCAGCAUGCAGGUAGCUGAAGCCAAAGGCCUACCCAAGCUCAAAUAUCACCUGCUGCCACGGACAAAGGGAUUUGCUGUCACCAUCCAGUGUUUGAGAAAUGUAGGUAAGGAAUUGCACAAGGAAAAGUUUCCAAGAUAUUAUUUUGAAAUCUUUUUUCAGAGUUAUCUGCAUACUGCAACUAAAUAAGCAUCUAAACUAAAACAAAAGCAGCAGUUGCCACUGGUUCACAUCAGCCACUAAAUUAGACCAACAGUUUUUCUGCAAAGGCUUAAUGGCAGUUCUGCUUACUCAUGAUAAUUUACUCGUGAUAAUUUCAAAAUAACGCUACUUCCCUUCCGUCAAAUCCUUCCUCCAAAUGGCUGCAUUCUAACCAUGGUAUUUUGGCUUAAUAACUGGAGACAUGAACAAGACAUGACUGCAUAUGAAGCUCCUUCAUCCUUUCCUUUGCAGCUGGAGCAAACAAGCCAGGAAGUCCUCCAUCAACCAGUUUCCCAAGUCAGGAUAUUAAAUCAUGGUUUGAGGCUGGCUCAAUAUUCUGGCUUGUUCUGAAGCUUGUUAACCAUGGCCUCCCAGGUCAAAUGAACCAGGAAUUGUAGUUAACAGAAGGCUUCCUGGUUUAAUUGCUCUUGCUAGGAGGGAGGGAGGAAAUGUUUGUUCAUUGUGUGGUUUUUAAAGCUGAGACAUGAUUAUCCAAAUGAACCCACGGUUCCCAUGACUUUUUUUCUCUAGACAGGAUAGUUCUCUAUGUGUUAACAGUGAGAAAGUUAUAGGCUACCUUUUUGGCUCAAAACAGUGUCAGCUGUCAAGGGGAUUUUAAAAAUCUAAACUAUUUGGGGGAUGUUAUUUUAAAUUUUGAUAAUUUUGCAAAAUUGAUGUUUUAACUUACUCUUGGGUUUUAUUUUUGUGAUUUGCAUUGUAAUGCAGAUAGGUGAACUACAGCUCCCAUCUGCCCCAACAAUCAUGGUCAGUGGCCAUGGAUGAUGGGAUUUGUUUUUCAGCAACAUCCAGGAGGCCAUGGGUUUCCCACACCUGCCAGACCUCAUAGCCAACUGAAAAGAAGUUCCAUAAUCCUUUGCCCCUUCCUUCCCUUUUGUCCUAAUUUCAGUUUGGUUGUCCCAAAUCUUUUUUUGCUUGCUGGCACAAAGGUACUGCAUGAACUCUCCAGUUUACAUUUCCUCACUUUAUGUGUUGUCCUUUAGCACAAUAUAUGUGAGAAGCAUUUCCCCAGCUAAAUAGACUGCUAUUAGAUGCCCUGAGGUAAUAGCAUAUAGCGUUAUAGAGAAGCUUAUUGGUCCAUUAUUUCCUGACCUGUACUUUUCUUUUUUUCUUUUUCUUUUUGGGAUGUAUAUCUAUUCAGAUUUCAAUUUCUUUCGGAGCUCUCUGAUUUGUUUUCUUUUUUUAAAAAAAAAUCAUUUCAAAGGGAAGAGGUGCUUAGGACUCUCUCCUGCCCUCAUAUUUAUGCCAUACAACUUCAAAUGAUUCAGUGGUUUUUGUUGGACAAGCAAAAAUAAUCCCAUUUUGGGUUGUAACAUGUGUAAGGAGGGAUAUGUGUGGUUUUGCAUUAUUCGAUUUUUAUACACACACACACACACACACACACACACACUUUUUGUAUACUGACCUAUUUACAGUUGGUCCAAGCAAGAUUGCUGUGAAAGGUACCAUAUUUUUCCCUCUAUAACACGCAGAUUUUUUCUCCUAAAAAGUAAGGGGAAAUGUCUGCGCGUGUUAUUGAGCGAAUGUGUGGUCCCUGGAGCCGACAGGCGCGAGUGAAGGUAAAAAUCAGACAAAUAUCAAUCGUCCGGAGAAGGAAGCCUUGAAAAGAGGAAGCUGCUGCUUUCCUGCAUUCUGCCUCAGGGUCUUACUGCCCACCCGCUUCUGUUUGUUACUGUGUUUGCUCAAACGGAACAAAGAGCAGAGAAAACCCCUCCCCUCCAGGCAAGCAGAGGGGAAAGCAGAGCGUCCUUCCUUCUAAUUCCUCUCUGUGCUCCGGUGCUGCAACAUGCAGGUGGGGGGGAGAGAGAGAGAACUGGCUGGCUUGGGUGGGUGCGUGGGGGGAACUUUUGCCUUCCUUUCCUCCCUCCGGUAAAACCCCUCUCCUGCAUUCUUAGCCAGCUGCCUCUCUGCACACCCCUCUCGGUGCUCCUUGUCCCUUCUAUGUUUUUCCUUCCCUCCCCACUUAAAACGUGGUUACAAAGCACGGAUCCACAUGGAUCCUCAGGAUCUUUGCAUUGGAUCACCCCAAAUUCACCAUCAGAUCACAUAGCAAUGAUCUGAUGCAAAAACAGGGCUGCAAUGGUGCAAAAACGUGGUUACAAAGCACGGAUCCACAUGGAUCCUCAGGAUCUUUGCACUGGGUCACCCCAAAUUCACCAUCAGAUCACAUAGCAUGUCCAUGGCUACAGCCUGCACCAAAAAAAUCACGCACCCACUGUUGCCUGGGGCUGCAAUGGUGCAAAAACGUGGUUACAAAGCAUGGAUCCACAUGGAUCCUCAGGAUCUUUGCAUUGGGCUACCCCAAACUCACCGUCAAAUCACAUGUCUGUGGCCACAGCAUGAAGCACAAAAAUGAUACAUCUACUGUUUCAUUCAGAAUUUUUUUUUCUUGUUUUCCUCCUCUAAAAACUAUGUGCGUGUUAUGGUUAGGUGCGUGUUAUCGAGCGAAAAAUACGGUAAAUUACUCAAAAUAUUUAGGAGUUUGGCUGCUCCUGGUGAGAAAAUAUCAGCAAUUUCCAUCCUGAAUGAAAUGUUCAGCAAAAAUCCAGAUAGUCAAGAGUUAAAAGAUCAAUGACACAUAGGGCUGUGGAGUGUGGUGCCAGAAUGAUAUGAGCUGACAAGCUUAAUUGUGGAUCAUUAGCUCUAUUUACUUUCAGCCAAACAAGCACUACAGUUCUUUCCUUUCAGAGGACCAUUUUAAUUGGUGUAUAAAGCUCUCUGCACUUUCCUUAGAUCUCUAAUUCAAUUUGUCAGUUCAUCUUGUAUCGCGGACUUGCACGCUACUGUUGUAGCAGUUACUGGCUUACCCAUCACUUCCAGAAAGUGAAAGCACAACCUCUAGAGGCCAUUUUUCAUCUUCAUUUUACUCGCAGCAGUUUAGGUCUGCUGGAUUCCUGGAGCUGCAGUCCUUUCCCUACAUUCACAUGAUCAGCCUUUGGAAUGGGAGUGAGAUUGUUAACUGACAAUGUGCUCUAAACAAGAUGCCACCUUCUUUUCUUCCUAUCUUCUGCCAUUCUCCCAGGCAGCUGUAUAUGCCUGCAAAAGGGAUGCAAGACAUAGCAUGCUUCUUAUUGCUAAAACAGUCUUUGAAUUUGUUUGAAAUGAACUGGAAUAUUGCCCAUCUUCUGACUCUGUAAGAUUUUUGGACAACCAGAUAGUUUAACUGAAAACCGGCUAUUUAUUAUUUCAGGUUUUUAUGCACCGUUUAAUCAGUAGCUUUUAUAAUAGCACAAAACAAUAAAAACAUAAUAAAACCAAACAGGAACCUGUACAUCACCUUAGGUUUUUAGCCUGCUGGAAUUAGAGAGUCUGAGUGUGGUGAGAAGUGGGCCUGUCUGAUCUCAGUUUGGCAGAAGUUCCACCGUUUUGAAUACUAAGUAUAUUGUAGGAGAAGGGACAGGAAAUCCCAUGUUUUCCUAAGAUGCUCUCAUGGAAUGCCUUUGCCUCACUCUGCGGGACAAGAACCUGGAAAACAUAUGCAUGUUUGUGCAUGUGUAUCUGGUGCACCUUAGGAGCUUGUGUGUGUGUGUGUGUGUGUGUGUGUGUGUGUGUGUGUGUGCAUUUGUCAAUAACUAUCCACCUUUUGCCUCCCUUGGCUGGGUGUUUGCAGGACAUGGUGUGCUGCUGUAUCCAUUGCACCUAGUUGCUGAGGUGCCCCCUCCACCCUCAGGAGAGGGUUUGCAGGUGGUCGCGUAUGUUGUGUUAGGCACCAAGCCUUUCUCCUGUCUUCAGCCAUCUGCUACUGCAGAUGUCACACCACACACUGGGUUGCCACUUCUUUAAAAUGUCUCAUGUGGCAGAUCCAACAUCCUGGAGAGCCGGGUGUUGGUUUGCUCCAGCCACACACUGGUCAAGAUAUUACCAUGUGCCUUCCUACAGCUUUCACACUCAUUUGCUAUGUGUAAUUUGUGGUUCCGGAUCUGUCCUUUGGACUGAUUUGAGCUCUAAUUUGUUUUUUGAUAGGCAGCUCACUUUCUUUCCUGCCUCUGAGUGUCCUUCCCUAUCAGUUGUUAUAGUAUGUAUUUUUAAAAGUAAAUACAUAAUAAACCACCGUCUCUGCCUAUAGCAAGUGAUUAUUUUCCACCGUUGGAUGGAGGCAGGGGACUUGUAAGUGAUGCUCCCUGAGAUAGCUCAGUAGUGCUAAAAAUCAGUCUGUGACAGCAAUCAUAGCGUGUGGUGUCUUCUCUUCCUCUGUAGUUUCAGCCGUGUAUGAUUCUACACUGAACUUUAGAAAUAAUGAGAAUCCAACUUUGCUGGGAGUUUUAAAUGGCAAAAAAUACCAGGCAGAUUUAUAUGUAAGGUAAGUAUGUUCCCUUUGCUAUUUCCUUCCUUAAUAUACUUAACCCAAACAGUUGAUUGUACAAGUUGUACCAGCUAAUACAUUUUGAUGCACUCUUGACUCAAUUGCAUAUGGCUUUAGAUUGGAAUUUGUACACAUUUGCCCACUUCUAAUUUAAUAAUUGUUGGUUUUAAUUAUAUAGCAAAUGCUAGCAAGCGGUUUUCUCUUUCUCUCCUCUUUAUCCUUUGUAGGCGGAUUCCAUUAGAGGAAAUCCCAGAAGAUGAGCAGGAAUGUUCUAAAUGGCUUCACAAACUCUAUCAAGAGAAGGUUGGUUUAUUAUUCAGCAGCUCUUUGGAUGAUAAAAGGCUCUACAUGGAUUUUCAGCCUCUUUGCAGACAGUCUCCUGCAGUAGUUGUGUUUCCUAAUGCAUUUUAAGCAGCAAAAACUCUCUGCAUCUGUGUUGGUGUAGCCAGUUGCAAAAGGAAGACAGGGCUCCUGCACCUUUAAUGAUGCAGAAGAAAGGAUAUCAGCAGCAAGCUACACCUGCUGAAAUACUCUCUUCUACUCCACUAUUAAAAGUUGGAAAGCCCUGUUCUCUUUUGAGUCUGGUCACCCUAAUUUGUGUUUAGAAAUCGAGGAGGAGGCAAAGCAGCGGAGACACACACACACCCUGUGCAACAGAGCAUAAGUCUGCUGCUUUCUUUCUGCUACUAGGACUUUAAAUAUUGUGCUCUGCCAUGAACAAUGCACAAGAUAAUGGCAUGCAGUACCUCUUUAAACCCCCCCCAAAAAAACCCUCUCCCCAUUUCAAAUCUACCAUCCAUUAGUUUGAAUUAAUCUGUAUAUUUGAACAAUUGGCUGAUAGUGCUUCAAGCUGAUUAGAUAUUGUUAAGCUACUGUGCUACAAAGAGAGGAAUUGUAACUCUGAAUCCACUCAAGCCCCAUCAAGUCCAGCUUUUUUGUUUUCAAAAGAAGCCAGCCUAGAUGCUCUAGAUGCCUCUAGAUGCUCACAAGUCUAGAAUGAUGUUGAUGUUCUUCCCAUGUAGUUUGUUCCCGAUACCUGGGGGAUGAGAUUCUCAGAUGUUUAACUAUCCCUGAACGUACAAAGGAAGUCAUAUCUUCAAAAUCCUCCAUAAUUUGCAUAUACCUUCCGUGCAUUUUUGGGAGGAAAAAUACAUACUUCUGGAUUUCAUCAAUUUAUAUGCUUUAUUAAGUGUUUUAGAACACUUCCAACAACACAAAAUGAUAAUAACCAGGAAGGAAGGGGUGGGUAGGUUCUUGCUCACAUAAUAAAGGGGGGAAGCUGGCAUGAGGUUGCCCAGUAGAAGGUCUAAAAGCGUGGAAUAUGUUCAAAUUGUGAUCACUGUAAUGGAUAGAAAUAAACAUGCAAUGUAUUUCACCAGUGGUACAUAAAAAAAAGGAAGAGUCACUUUCUGGCAGAAAGCCCCCCCACACUAAAUAAAUGGAAAAGACAAAUUUCCCUGUGAAGCUGAAUCUAAGAAGAAUGUAUUACAGAGGUGCUGACAGACUUGAUUAGAUCUCUGGAUUAUAUCUCAUUUCCUUGCUUCAUCAAAACCAAUUUGGAAAUGAGGAAUUUCUCAUGGUUGGCAGCUAGAAAUAACCCUCAGGCCUCUUAUGUGUCUUUCCUAAAAAUACAUAUUAUCUGAUCUGAAUAAUCUAAAGUAACUUAAGCAGCAGAACUUCCCCAAAUGGGUUGUUUUGUUCCCCAGAAACUUAAGCGCAUAAAUCAAUUCCCAAAUUAUUAAAAUUAGAAUGUGACACAAGGCUGCAGUAGGUGAAGGAUUUGUUUAUGUGUACUAUCCUCCCCCCCCCAAUAUGUUUACUGCUUGGUUUGUAGAGCAACUAGAAACUAACUAUGUUGAUGUUGCAAAAUGUUACACCAAGAUCAGUAAAUAUUCUUCUCUUUUGAUUAUAAAUCUCUUAGAGAUAAGGGCUCAUUAAAACUGCAGAGUUGGUGACUGACAAACUAAGAGCGGGGAACAGUUAAGCUUGUUGCCUCUGUCAUAUUCCUCCACAAUGUCCACCAAGAGAUCAGAGGCAAUCAAACCUUCUGCAGGAGCCAAUUGGAAUCCAAAGGAUGGCUAUGUGCAUGUUCCUUGGACUUCUGCUGCUCACCACAGCAGUUUCUAUAGCAGCAGCGUUUAAAACUGCACAGUAGCUUGUUUAUUAGUGGGAUCCAUUUCAGAGAAAAGGGAAUUCAAAGCUUAGGUCACAUGUGUGGUUCUCUCCCUGUGCGCAUAUCAUUUCUUGGGUUCCUGCGCUAAGGUAGAAGUGAGUGACAGUGUGGCAAAAAUGGUUACUAAGGUGAACAAGGAGAUUUGCUAUGCCUGGUUGGAGACUCAGAGGGGAUGGGCAUGCUCUGGGCCCCUUGACGUCUUCUCACGCUCUCCUCCUUUGCCCUAACCAGGAUUCUUUUCAAGAGGAAUACUACAGAACAGGAGCCUAUCCUGGCACUCCCAUAGUGCCACCCCGGCGGCCGUGGACUCUAUUGAAUUGGCUCUUCUGGGCCAUAUUGUUGCUAUAUCCUUUGUUCAAGCUGUUCAUCAACAUGAUCAGCAGUGGCUCCUCGCUGACUCUGGCAACGUUUGCCUUUGUUUUCAUUGCAGGUGAGCUGUGGUAUGCAACCUUAAGGCUGCCUCUAGAAAUAAUAUUUUGAGGAAACGGGUCCUUUUUCCAUUCUGCCUUUAACUAAUUUUCUUGAGCAUUUGUUCAUCAAUCAGAUGUUUGCACGCACAUUUAGGUCUGAUGGGGUGGGGGAGAAAUUUUGCGUACCGGUUGCCCCCAGUAGACCACUCUAGAGGCAGUGCUGGAAUUCAGCUGAGUGACAUGCUGUGCUAUCACUGAAACUUAAUCUUAUUUCUCUCUCUCUCUCUGAAUUAAUAUUGCUUUUUAAAGUCUGCAGAACUCAACUGAAAAGUACCCGUGAGUAAAGACACUGAAGAACUUCUCAUUUCUCUUCCAGUCAGGGAGCAAAAUGGAAAGAAAUGAAGUGAAGCUAGCAAGUUUUCAAAUGCACUUACUUUUCCAACAAUGAACUGAGCUAAUCUUGUCUUUUUCUUUCCUUUCUGUGAUGGUAGCUUGAUCUGUCCAAACAAAUAACCAAUAUGUCAAAUGCUUGGGCACACGGCUUCAGCUCAGGGUCUCCACUUGACAUUUCAAUCCUGUCUGAUAGUUAAGCCUCAUAUUGGCAAAAGAAAACUAAGCUUUUAGAAAGAGCAAUAUGGGGAAAACGAAUGUCAGGAUUGUGCCUAUUCUUUUGGAAUUGAAGUGUCUCAGAAUGGCUGAGUCGGUCCGAAGACUGUUAGCAGAUGCUCAUUAUCAGAUUCUGAAUUCUUGCAAUUUUGUAUUGAACUAUAUUAGUCAGCUCUGGGUUUAUCUACUAAACCCAACAUUAAGAUAUCAAAACUCUGGUUUUGCAAUUUCUGCGGAACAGUUACUAACCAGAUUACAUAUAUCUGACAGGGAUUAACAGAUUACAAUAAUAGAAGUGUCUUUUCUUCAGCAGCACGAAUAAUUUUGUAGAAUGUUUACUUAAAGGUGCUUUGUGAAUGGUGGAGCAGCCUCUUUAAACAGAGAGUGUGUUGUAGCCAGUACCCACCAAGUCUGCAGCAUAUAGUGAACAGGCUUCCUCUUUCCGCACCACACCACUCCAGAAUAUUUGCUCAUGAAACUUGCUUCAGUUUUGUCAAACCAGCGGUUUCAGGACUGAAGAGCACCAUGUCUUUCUAUGCUAAUGUGUUCAGGUAAGCCACCCAGCAUAAUUCAAAAGCAUCCUGUGUGAAAUCAGAGAACGUUUUCUCUUGCCUGUAAUGAAUUCUCUUUUUCAAGCUACCUUUCCCCCCUCUUACAUUCUCUUGGUGUCCUGAUCCAAUCAGCUUAUACAAUAUUUGGCAUUCUCAGCAUCUAACAGAAGAAAAUAGUUGGUAUUCUGUAUUAAAUCAGAGUAGUAGUACUGCAACGUCUCGGGUAUGACUGAGAUGACCCUGAAGCUUCCUGUUGUUGUUGUUGUUGCUGUUGUUGUCAUAUAUUUCUUUAUACCCCACCUUUUCCCCUAAAGGGACUUCUUGUUGGCAAGUGCUUGCUGGCCAGUCAGUGUAUGAAGACCAUGCUCUGUUUUGUGCUUGUGUUCGGAUAUGACUCGUAUGGCUUAUCGAUUAAACCCAGAGUUCAUCUAGAUUCAAGAGCUCUCGUUUAACCCUAUCAGUCAGAUUGCGUAGCUCGAUUGGAUUAACAGAUUCAAAAACCAAGUGUAAUGUAAUAUUUUUGGACUAGGAGAAUACAGUGAGGAAGGGUUCGCCCUGUCUUUAACCUUACAGUCUGGGCUCUAGAAGGCUGCAAUGUAAACUAUAUCUUUCAUAUAGUUUACACACAACUGAAACAAAUGGCACCAGAGCAACCCAAAUUAUGUGCCAACUGCAUACAUUAAGUAAGACUAUUUGGUUGGUUUGCAGUCUCGCUUUGCUCAUAAAGUGUGUGGUGAGAGAACACUGCAGCAAACAGGAACAUUGGCUACUGGAAAUCCAUUCUCAAGCCUGUCUUGCAAUCGUAGCACAUAGAAACAUCCCCCCCUUUUUUAAGGGGGGAGAAACACCUGAUACCAGUUGUUGGGUCUUACACAGAAUAUAUACAGCCUUACUUUCAAUUGCAGGUGCAUGGAUUGUGUGCUUUCUUCCUUAAAAAGCCUUCAAAAUUGGCCCCAGUAUUAACAGUUAGGACAUAGAAAAAUCAGAGGGGCAGGUAGAAGUAACUGCCUAAGACAGUGCAGAGGAACAGGGCAGAGAGACGGGCUGCCAGUCAGAGAUGUGGCUGGGCAUUUGUCUCCCCUGCCGGGAUUGCACUGGUAGUGGUCAUGGCAAAUCUGCUGCUAGCAGAAAAUGCAGCUUUGCACAUUGUAUGCUCAGCCCACAAUUGAAUAACUAGGCAGUGUGGUGUCCUGACACAUGUGCUUACGCAAAGCAAUUUAGAGGAGCAAUUCAGUUAGCACAGGUGCUGUCUUAUCUGGACUAAAAGGAGAAAGAACAUUCAGACAGACCAGUGAAUCAACCCCAUGUAGUAUAAGGGGACUCCUUUUAUAUGGAGUGCUGUUUUGGUGGCACGAUUGUCAUAAUGACUGCAAUAAUUAUAACCAAAGGUUUCACCUUUUUUUCCCCUUUUGAGAUGGAAGCAUCUCUUGUUAUUUGUUGAUUUUUACUCUUUUUAUGUUUUUAUUCAAGAAUGCAUCCACAGUGGUUUUUUAUUUUAUUUUUUCAGGCUCCCAACAGUAUUAUGGUGCAGGAUAGCUCAGCUGGUAGAGCAUGAGACUCUUAAUCUCAGGCUGAAGGGUUCGAGCCCUAUGCUGGGCAAAAGUAUUUCUGCAUUUGCAGAGGGACCCUCAUGGUCCUUUCCAACUUUAGAAGUCUGUGAUUCUUUGACAGCUUAGCUCCCAGAUACUCAGUGCCAGAAAGGGGCUAUGUUGGGUUUUUAAGGUGGGUUCAAUAUGAUGCUUUUGAAUAUUUAAUGCUAAUAACAUUUGAGAAGUUGUGGAAUGUUUCCAGCCCAUAAAUUUUACAGGCAAGAGAAUUAGCCGAUAAUAAAAAUAGCCUUGGGAAACAAUGAGGUCCAAUGUUGCACGACCACAAUUAUUAUAUAGCUUAGUGUGAUGAUGGUGGAGGCCACAUUGAUUGAUUUUUGUAGUGGAAAAGGAUAUUCGGAACGUUCUUCAGGUUGUAAUCAUAAUUCUGUGCAGAUUGUAAGAUUAAGGUUUUAAAUGGAGAAUGCUCUAAGAUUUCAAAGACUUCGAUCUGCAGUAGAUUACACCUAAACUAUGCAAGAAAUUGCUAGCUGGGCAAUUACAAAAAGGAAAUGUUUGUAGUUACUCAUGUUGCAUGUACUGCUGCAUGUUUAGUGCAUUGGAUUAUCUGAAACUGACUUGAAAGUGUUGCCUGUUUAACUAUCAAGCUACUGUAAAUUUUCAUCACUGGCUAGACAAACUAGACAGAAAUCCACAUGGCUAUAUUAAAUGUUAACCUGAAACUGCAUGCAUAAUGUGAGAGGUCAUCACACAUGUUUCAAAUACUCUGUAGUGAGAAUUACAUGUGAGAAUUUCAGGACAGAGCAGCUUGUCACCAAUUAUGUUUUAAGUACUACUUGUUACUAGUGAGCGGAGAUUGCAUAGAUGAGAUGUGAAAGUACACAGUUACUUUUUGAUUCUGGAAACGUAACCAGGUUAUGUAUACAACAGUAGAUACCCCAACUUAGUCCUAAAGCCUUCCCCCAAUUCACCACAGUGCAUACACUCAAGCUCAUUGAUUAGAAAACUUUGCUGGGUUGUGGAUUUUAAUGAAAGCAGCUCCCUCAAGAGGGAUUCUCAUGUCACAUUACUCUGGAUUGAUUUUAAUUUGAAUUAAAAAUAAUUUUAUUUUCUCUAAUCACAAUUUUUCUCUUGUUCAUGGUUCCUGGAAUUACCAAUUUUGCUUCUGUUCUUUAUAUUAGUAUGUGGGAAACACUGGGAAAGUCACGAUAACAAUCCAAGAUUAUUUAAUUUUACAUUCAACGCAUACAGUGUUUUUUAAAAAAAAUAAGAAAGGAGGAAAGGUCUAGUAUAUCAUUAUAACGAUUAUUAACAGUUAAUUACAUUUUUUUUACCGUACUGUAUUUUGUAUAAAAGAGUUCCAAAUUUCAUUAUACUUGGCCAUGCAACGUCUUAAUAAUCCAUGUUAAAAACCAACCUUCUCCCUCUUCCCAAAGUGAAGGGCAUUCCUGCUCAAAUCUUAAGGAGUGAUACCGAGCUGAAUAGGAAAUGUCUAAGGGUACGUAGCAGCAGGAUAGUGUAACACAUGCCUGGGCUUUACAUUAGUCAUGCUUCUGUUUUGUGCCAGUCUUGUGUCCCUGUUUUAUCUGGCUAUGUAGUAAAAUGGUGGCAGCUCCCUGGAGUGAGGGACCGGUUUUGGAAACUGGUUAGCUGGUCCCGUCUUUCUGAGAAGCCACCCCAAAGUAGUUCUGUGAAUGGCAAAUAUGUUGGGUCACCCAGCUCUCUCUGCUACCAUGACAAACCACCUGAGCUCCACUAGAUGGUAUGACAGGGGGAAGCAGGGGGUUUAGGUUGCAAUGUAAAGUAGGGCUGAAGAACCUGUGGCCUGCCCAAUAUUGGAUUCCAGGUCCCAUCAGUCACAGCCAGAACGGCUAAUGUUCAAGGAUGCGAGUCCAACAUUUGCAGGGCCACAUCUUCCUCAUUCCUGAUAAAAAAGGUGGAUCAAUUAAAUGCAUUUUAUUUCCAUAAGGCUUUGACAGGAUCUCCUGCUUAAUAGUAAACAUGUUGCAGAGAAAGUUGCAGAAGCCAUCUGGUGGCCAGCACAGGAAUAGCCUCUUUCUAGGAAAACAGCUGCACAACUCAGUUUGAGUACAUAUGUGAAUGGCAAGGGUAGAUAGCUGCUAUCAGGAAGGAAAAAAGUAUAUGUUCUGUCUAGUAUAUCAACCUGAUUUUUAUUUUCUGCAUACCUGCCUAUGAAUUGGGUCAUGUGUGCUUCUAGUUUCCAGAAAUACCUUUUCUUUGAAGUGAAGACUUCCUCUAAUAUCAUGCACUCUGCCAAUCAGUGACUGGGUAUUUCUAGCCAUUCAGUGUCCACGGUGGAGUGCUGAAUGUCAACAGCAUAAUAUUGGGUUUUAGAUCAGGCAUUAUAGACUACGGGGGCCUUUAGUUCUGUGCCAGUCCCUGAAUUUGCUGGUGGACCCUUUUGUGGAGGGGAUAGGGUUUUCUCCCCCCUUCUCCUUCUGCUCCUCCCUUCUGCUAUGGGAAUAGCCAUGUGUGUUUACAGUUCACAUUGAGUCUUGAUCCAGCUAAAGUUUGUAAUUGCCAAAUGCCCCUGAAACUGGUGGAGCAAGUUACAAUUAAAUAAAACCUGUUUGAAAACAAUGUGGGUUAGUUCUCACCAAGUUUGGCUCAGAGUAGGCCAACUGAACUUGAUUACCCAAGUUAGUAAUGGCUAUUAAUUUCAAUGGGUCAGCUCUGUCUUACAAUGGGAACUGCCUUGUGAAUCCCGAUUCACUUUAGCUGGAUUGUGGCCUCCCUGUCUCAGCCAUCUCUGUCCAAAAAUGCCCAGGCAGGUGGAGGGAGGAAAGGAGACUCUGGAUAAGGUUUGCUUUUCUUCCCUACCUUUUGGGACCUACCUCCCAUGUCAUUCUUCUGGUUACUUAUUAACACUUUCCCUUCUUCCUUCCAUCUCCGCUACCUGAAAUAUUUGGUUUUUAGCCAAAGCAAGAGAGAGGCUGGUUAUUUGAUUCAGUAGCUUGUUGGGUAGGUAGCAGUCCUUAGGUGGAUCUUCCCCCGAACCAUUUCUCCUAAGUCGCACAGCUCCUUUCAGCAAUGUCAGCCUUGAUAGAAUGUGUUUUUAUAAGAGCAUGAGCAUGUGUCUUUGAAUUGUGCAUGUGUCUCAGUGUGCAUGGAUGUGUCUGGGCCUUUCUUUCCCUUUCUUUCUUUCUCUUCCCUCCUUGUUUCUAGGACCCUGCUAGGUGACUAUUGGUUAAGGACCUUGGAGGAGGCUUGAAGCUAGUAAGUGAAAUUGCUUGAGCUUAUCCAGUAGCCAAGACUCUCCAAGGGAUACUAGCAUGAUGUGAUGGAGGUGGGGUUGGAUACUGUGGCGGCUGAACAUGUGCUUUCAUUCCUCUUCUCCACUAAGGUGCCGUCGAAAACCCAAUUACAUUUUUAAAAAAAUCGAUAACAAUUGAGGUUCCUGUUUAAAGCAUCCAAGAGCGUAGCUUCUUCCCAAUUUGUUUCCUCUUUAUCUUGAAAGGUGACUUCAUUUAUUAACUUGAUACCCUAGGGAUGGCAUAUGGGCAAGUUUCUUAAUUAUAGCGAAACAGUGACAUGCUGCAAACUGCCUCAUAUCCAGUGUAGCUGAAGAAAGAACAGCCUUGAGGCUGAGAAAAGGCCUGAACAGAGCCAUGUCUCAAUGUGGGAACUAGGCUAGAGGCACUUGAGGGUCUGUUGCAGCAAUUAUCAUGGUCAAUUGCAUGAGAAUUCACUGAGAACAAAAAUUGGGCAAUGCCAGUGACUUAUGGUUAGAUUGUGCCUUUGCAGAAUAGCAUAUAGAAGAGGUUAUGUUGCUACUAUUAUGCGGUGGUGGGGAUUGGGAAUGCCAGGGGGCAAUUUGCAUUCCUGUCCAGUUCAGAGUGGCCAAACUAAUAGGUUUCUUGCAUUCACUGACCCUGCAGAGUACUGAGUAGUUGGGACAGGGUUUUGAAUUGUGCUGACUGUAACAGGAGUAUUCUAAUUUAGAAUUAGAGUAAUUCAUGGAGGAUAAUGCUCUCCAUGGCUCCACGGUUGGAGGUGGUAUGCUUCUGAACACCAGUUGUUUGAAACCGCAGGCGCGUGCUGUUUCACUCACGGCCUGCCAAUGGGGUUGCCAUAGGCAUCACGUUGGCCACUGUGAGAACAGGAUGCUGGACUAGAUAGGCUAUUGACCUAAUGCUUGCUGCUACAUUCUUCUCCUUGCUGGGUUUUAAUAUUUGAUUAUGACCUGUCUUCCUAAGGAUGUUGUUUUAGAGAUUGAGGUGCAUGAUGCAGUUGAAAAUAGUGAUGCAAAGUUCCCUUUGGUUUCAGUGGGAGAAAGGCAUAUAGUAGAAUCUCUUCCACAUAAACCAAAGUCCUUGGUUUUGCCUUGAUUGUGCUCUAGUUUUCUAAUUCUUCAACUUUUGUAGCCAUGGAUGCAAGUUUGCAAAAGUCACCACACAAGGACUACUUAGCCGGAUUCCUUAUGUCACAAACUGACUUGUCAAAGUGGGAUUCUUCAGGGCCCAGUGCUAUAGCCCUGAGCAGCAGCAGUUUCAGUUUGCCAGGAUCUCGUGGCCUUUUUAUUAAUAUGGAACACCAACAGCCACCUUAGCAUGUAAAAGCGACAGGUGAAGAAAACUGCAGCAUUGUAUGUGAGCCUGUCUGGCACACAGGUUGUCUUAAGGCUUGCAUGCCACUUGUGGAAUUAUUUGUACAAGUCAAAUGCAUUUUCUGCUUGCAGUUCUUAUGCUCACAGGUGUAACUUAACUUGAUCAUCUAUCUAUUUAAGUCCUUGGAAAACUACCGUAUUUUUCGCUCUAUAGGACGCACUUUUCCCCCUCCAAAAAUGAAGGGGAAAUGUGUGUGCGUCCUAUGGAGCGAAUGUAGGCUCCUCGGCUUCGCGGCGAGGCGCCUGACCUGGAAGCCAGAGGAGGAACAGAAGGGACUCCUGUUCCUUCUCCCGCUUCGCAGUGACGCGCCUUUCCAGCGAAGCCGGAGGAGGAACAGAAGGGUCUCCUUCUGUUCCUUCCCCAGCUUCGCUGAAGGGCGCUGCGCCUUCUCCCUCUCUGCGCGGCACCUCUCCUGUGAAGGAGAGGCGCUGCGCAGAGAGGGAGAAGGCACAGCGCCCCUUGAGCAGCGCGCCUGUCCAGCGAAGCCCGAGGAGGAACAGAAGGGUCUCCUUCUGUUCCUUCUCCCGCUCGCAGCGACGCGCUUUCCAGCGAAGCCGGAGGAGGAACAGAAGGGUCUCCUUCUGUUCCUUCUCCAGCUUCGCUGAAGGGCGCUGCACCUUAUCCCUCUCUGCGCAGCACCUCUCCUGUGAAGGAGAGGCGCUGCACCGCGAGGGAGAAGGCGCAGCGCCCCUUGUGCGACGCGCCUGUCCAGCGAAGCCCGAGGGGGAACAGAAGGUGUCCUUCUGUUCCUUCUCCUGCUUCGCAGCGACGCACCUGUCCAGCGAAGCCGGAGGAGGAACAGAAGGGUCUCCUUCUGUUCCUUCUCCAGCUUCGCUGAAGGGCGCUGCACCUUCUCCCUCUCUGCGCAGAGAGAAGGCGCAGCGCCCCAUCAGCGACGCGCCUGUCCUGGCUUCUGCUUUAGCCCUGCGCAGCCUCUUCGGGCAGGGGGAGCCUUCAUCCCGCUGCCCUGAAGAGGCUUGGCGCGGUUAUCCCAGAAGCCAGAACAGCCACACGGUAUCCCAGAAGCCAGAUCCCUCUUGCUGUUCUGGCUUCUGGGGUUCAGAAUGAGUUUUUCUUGUUUUCUGCCUCCCAAAACUAGGUGCGCCCUAUGGUCCGGUGCGCCCUAUGGAGCGAAAAAUACGGUAUAUGAGGUAGAUGCGAUUUUCUAAAAGUACAGACUGGAUCUGUAUGUUAUUGUCUCCAGUUUUCAUAGUUGGAUACCUUUGGUGGCUAGUCCUUUGCUCUAGAAAGCUAGUUAUGGUGACAUGUCAUGAAGUCCGUACGAUCAGAGUUGCUGGACAAUCAUGUAAUCUGGCAGAUUCCAGUCAAAGAGCUCUCUCUAUUUCUUAGCCUAUGCUGACUUUUUGAGAAAAAGUUGUGACUGAAUGUAGCCUUACUGGUACAUGCACAUAACUGCUCAAGGAUUUUACAGCUGAACAAUAAAAUAAACAUUGUGGUGUCAAAAAGUUUUUGACAGUUGUUUACAAGCUCAUCAUGCUGGCCUAUCUGGGUUCCAUUUUAUGAGUUCACUGAAGGGGGGAACUAUACUUUUCUCUCUUUAAAAAAUGCCUUAUAGAAAUACCAUUAUUUGUACUAAGAUACCUGCAUGCAGACUGAAAUUCAGUUGGCACUAUUCCUGCAAGUUACAGUAAUAAAAUGUUAACACUUAGAACUUAAAACAGUUAACUUGUGUGCUUAGCAGAUGGCAUAUGCAUGAAUUAUUGUGAACUAGUGCUAGGCCGAGACGUUCCUGUUCAUCCACCAACUUGUUGAGCGCUGGCAGAGUUGCACUUCUGCUCUCAUCAGGUUUUGACCUAUUAGCUGUUGGCCAGUUGUACGACUUCAGAUUAAAAUGUUUGGUUUUUCUCACAACAUCCCAAAUUGUCAGUGGUGCUCACUCUUCUUCACAUAACAUUCUGAGGUGCUUAGCUAUUUAAAAGAUAACACACUAGGCUCUUCUGAAUGCCUGAAGGCAGACUUGUGGUGGGCUGCGCUUCUCUCUUGACUGGUGAUUAAUGAAACUAUCCUAUUCUUCUUCUUAUUUCAGCUACUGUUGGUAGUCGAUGGAUGAUAGGAGUUACGGAAAUAAACAAAGGCUCGACUUAUGGCAACCACGGCCACAAGGAAAAAUGA